GGUGCCGCGUUCCCGCCAUGGCGGAGCCAUCGGAGGCGGCGGCGGGACCCACUCCGGCCGCCCCUCCGUCCCCGCGGGCCCCGGGCGGGCUGGACGGGGAGCGUUGCCCCGGCGGAGCCCGCCCAGAGCCCGGAGGGGCUGCAGGAGAUCCCGAGCCUGGAGCGCAGGAGGCGGGUGCUGAGCCCUUCCUGAAACCACCGGCCGCCAGAACCCCUGGAGCAUCCAUCAGGAAAAGGCGCCUGGGCACCCCCAAGCCGAGGCUGAGCCCCCUCAGGAGCAGCCCCCGGAGAAGGGGGAGCAGCCCCAGGCAGGAGCAGAGCCCGAACUCCUUCAGCUUGUCCCCCCUCGUGGCCACCCCCCAGGGCAAGCGGCGCUCCUGGUGCCGCUCCAGCCUCAAGGGCAGCAAGCGCCGCAAAUCCCUGCCCCCCGUCCACAGGGACAUCGCUGAGCUAAGCAAAUCCAUCAGCCUGGACCUGCCCGAGAGCGAGCGUCUCUCCACGCUGAUCCUCUCCUGUUUCCAGUUCACUGCCCAGAAGCUCGAGCAGGCCCUGAAGCGCAGGAAGGGAUUCAGCCCUCAGGCUUUUGCUGCCAAGGUGCAGUCGGUGUCGGCGGAGCUGGAGCGGUUGGUGCAGAGGCUGAGCCAGGAUGGGACACUCAGGGACUGUGUGGAGGAUCCCAAGGGGGGUUCCCUGCACUCGGCUCUGGAUGAAUCCGUGGCCCAGGUGAAGCAGCACAUGGCCAGGUUCUCAGCCGAGCGCCAGGCCUGGGACCAACUCCUGCAGCAGCACCAGGACAGCGCCCAGGAGGCUGCCAGGCUCCUGGAAUCCCUCCGUGCCCACCCCCGCGGGCCCCCCCCGGCCGUGCCCAGCUCUCAGAGCGCCGUGCUGGGCUCCAAACCCGACUACUCCCGCCUGCUGCAGGACCAGGGCCCCGCUCUGCACUGCCUGGAGCUCGUGCUGGACGAGCUGUGCCAGGCUGGGGGGCUCCUGACGGCCUUCAGCGAGGAGAGCCAGUGCUGCCUGCGGGGCGUCUCGGAGCGCCUCGGCUCCAGGACCUUCCGGCAGCUGGAGAGCUCGCCGCUGUGCAGGCUGCUGGCCGCCCCGCCGCCGGAGGGCUGAGGGACCGCGGGGGUCGCUCUGUGGGUGCUGCCGGGAAUAAAAACUGGGGGGACCCCGAAGCCCCCCCGGUGUCCCCCCGGUUCUUCGAGCUCCCGCGCUUCCGGGUCUGUAAGUCGUCCUCUCGUUAUUGGUCCGCGCGGGUGUCACUCAUCGCCCUCGGCCAAUCACGGGCCGGUCCGGCGGUGAGAGGGGUGGGGUUAAAGCCGGAGGAAUGAGGAACCCCCUCCGCGGUGUUUGGAGUUCCCGUUUUUUUUGGGUUGUUCGCUUCUUAUUGGUCCGCCCGAGUGUCACUCAACGCCUUCAGCCAAUCCCAGCCCGCCCAGAGGCGGGAGGGGCGGGGUCCCGGCGCUCUGGGGGGACGCGCCGCGAUGGCGGCGGCGGAGGGUCUGUCUUCACCGGUGUGAGCUGGACCGCCGCCCCCACCACCGGAGGGGUGGUGGACCGUGGGGGUCUCGCUGUGGGUGCUGCCGGCAAUAAAGUUGAGA